CCGUGCUACAUCUACCGAUAGACGACCCGCGACAACCCUCGUUAGGGCUUUCUGCUCCAAGUCUUUCCGCUUCGGCUCCAAUUCGCGCUGCGCUCCGCCGUCCGUGUUUCGAUCACCGCCUCAAUGGCGGGUAAGAAGCGGAAGGAGAAGCCGGCGCCGCCGCAGCACCGCGUGGCCCUCGACGCAGACGACUCCGUGGUCUCCAAGAAGCGCGCCCGGCCACCGAAGCACCACCAAUCCGGAGACGAGUUGAUCUCAUCGGACCUAAGCUCGAAAAUUCUGAAGGAAGCUAUCAACCAGCAGAAGGAGAUACUCCAGGAAGCUGAGGAAGAGAACCGCACUCCCUUCUCCGCCGUGUCGGUCGAUCCGUCCGUCGCUUCGGAUAGCGACGCUGAAGACGCCGGUGCAUUCGACGACUUCUCUGAGACCCAGAGUCAGUAUGACGUCGACGAAGUGGAGAUUGACGAGGAGGACGAGAAGCUCUUGGCAGCAUUUAUGUCUACUAAGACAGGUCCACAGCCCACACUGGCGGAUAUCAUCAUUCAAAGGAUUAAAGAGAAGGAAGCGGAGGUCACUUCUGAACGGCCUCUUCCUAAAUUGGAUAGUAACAUCAUUGAUCUGUACAAGGGGGUGGGCAAGCUGCUCAGUAGGUAUACCAAUGGGAAAAUUCCAAAGGCUUUUAAACACAUCCCGGCCAUUGAACUCUGGGAGGAUGUAUUAUAUCUAACAGAGCCAGAAAAUUGGUCUCCAAAUGCAAUGUUCCAGGCAACUAAAAUAUUCUCAUCAAACUUGAGUGUGAAAAAAGCCCAACGCUUUUACACUCUUGUUUUACUCCCACGAGUUAGGGAGGAUAUCAGAAAGAAUAAGCGACUACAUUUUGCUCUGUAUCAAGCACUUAAAAAAUCCCUCUAUAAGCCAGCUGCCUUCUUCAAGGGUGUUCUAUUACCACUUUGUCAGUCGGGCACGUGCACUCUUAGAGAAGCUGUUAUCAUUGGAAGCAUAAUUCAGAAAGUAUCCAUUCCGCCCCUUCAUUCAAGUGCAGCUCUCAUGAAGCUGGCAGAGCUAGAAUACUGUGGAACAACUAGUUAUUUUAUCAAGCUAUUUCUAGAUAAGAAGUAUGCAUUGCCAUAUCGAGUGCUUGAUGCAGUAGUUGCCCAUUUCAUGAGGUUCCUUGAGGAUACAAGAAUCAUGCCUGUUAUAUGGCACCAAUCACUUCUUGCAUUUGUUCAAAGGUACAAGAAUGAACUGAACAAGGAGCAGAAGGAUGAUCUUCACCGUUUAAUACAAUACCAGAAGCAUCAUUUGGUUACUCCUGAAAUCCGUAGAGAACUGAAGAAUAGCCGAAAUCGUGGGGAGGAGGAUGAUCGUAUGUCUAUAUGUGCACCAUUUUCUGUGAUCAAUAAACCAAUCGAGGAAGAUAGAUGGGAUUUUCCAGAAGUUCCAAUGGAGGAGGAUUAGGUUGCAGGUGCUAUAAGCUGGGAGGAUCUCAACUCAUACUUAGCUGCUGCAGUAGAGUUACAGCUCCUCGUCUGCUUGAGUUACAAUAGAAGGCCAUACUCAUAGAUAAGCAAUGUUCUUGGAGUGUUUGUGUGGUUACGCUUGAUUCUUUUACAGCAUUAUAAGUUUUUGAUGCUGUGUGCCUUUUCCUCUUUCCCAUUUAGAGUGAGAUUGUGACAAGGGACCCAUUUAAAUCCUUAAUUUUGUCAUCCAUUAAUUAAUGAUCUAAGAUAAGCUGAGCUAAACUUGUCUGCC